AUUUGUGGGUUGAAAGCUCGGAUGCCACUCUGUGUGCCUACAGCCAGGGGCAGUUUUCAGCACUGCCCCAAGAAGGGAUCACAGCUGAUGUCAGAGAGGGUACCAGGGGACUCCGGAACCGACAGAUAUAGCAGCACCGCAGAAGCAAUAGCAGAAGCAACAACACUUUCGCACUUGGUCACACACACACCGUGUGGUUCACACACACACACUGCUCGCUCGCUGGACUGGAAACUCUCACAGUGCAGAGACACUGCCACAGGCACACUAGGUCACACACACACAGACCAUCCGGUUCACACACACUGAAUCGCUGCAAUGGACACUGCGCUGGAUACAGACAAGGUAGGGAUGUCUUCGAGCCUGGAAGAUACAAAAAGGGCAGUGGUGUCUUCAAGCCCUCCACCUAACAUGGAGUUCCAAGCUCUACACCAGGCCCAUCGGGACCGCUGGAAGAACACAGAUGCGUCCAUGUGUCGACACAGCAUGUCCUUCCAUCUGCACCACAGCCUGAGGAUGGAGUUCUUUGCCAGCUUCCUGUACCUGCUGGAGCAGAUCCCCCUGGGUAAGGACAGGGGCGACACCAACCGACCUCAUGGGGCUCUGAGCAAAGUGAGGGGGAAUCGGUGUGUUUGAGCAUGUGUGUACUUUAGAGGGUUAAUGCACAGUAUUAACACGCAUGCAGAGAUACAGUUUGUACUGUAGGCUGUAAAUUAUCUAUGUGGGGAUAUGCUAUAUGAGAGACAAUGGUCUUAAUGGGACUUCCCUGCGUUAAUAAAACCAAUUAUCCAAGUACACUAUGUGCUUGCUGGCUGUCUGAUAUAGGACCAUACUGGUCAGCUCCUAGAACAGAGAGAAUGUGCAAUCAAGCACCUGCUCUAAUCUAUAGCUCUCAUCUAAUCUAUAGCUCUCACCAUCACCUCGGUGUACCCUGAUUUCAGGUCCUAUAAUCAGUUGAAAAUGUCCUCACCAUCUAACCAUACUGACCAUCUAACCAUACUGACCAUCUAACCAUACUGACCAUCUAACCAUCCUGACCAUCCCACCAUCCUGACCAUCUAACCAUCCUGGCCAUCUAACCAUACUGACCAUCUAACCAUACUGACCAUCCCACCAUCCUGACCAUCUAACCAUACUGACCAUCCCACCAUCCUGACCAUCUAACCAUACUGACCAUCCCACCAUCCUGACCAUCUAACCAUCCUGACCAUUAUCAUGAUUAAACAAGAGGUGGAACCUCGGAGUAGAUAGCCAGAGUGAAUUUACGAACGCACCCUUGAUUUCUCAAUUUUCCUGGAGUUUUCAGUGGGUCAAACUAACCUGUCCAGAACACGCCCCAUCAAUGGCAUGGUAUGUGAAGUGUGUAAGCACUCUGCCCUGUCAUGAAGUGUUUGAUUCAUGACAGUCAGAGUUUCAUAGUCACAUUAUUUACACAUGGCAGCACUGAAUUUUAAUGUGUUGAAUAAAUACCUGUUUUUAUGUCUUCAUAUAUGUUAACCAGAAGAUGAUAUGAUGAGGCAAUUACAUAUUUUCUUGAGAGGAACAGAUUUAGGUGCAGAUUUACCUGUAGUAGCAUAGUAUACUGAUCCUGUUAUUCACUGAUAAAGAAUGUUGGCUGGUGAUUAUUUUAACCAGAUGUAAACAGCAAAUUCAGAAGAGUCAAACAAUUCCCUAAUUGCAUGUAAAUUGGUGCGUGAACCUCUGAUAUUCUCUAGGUGUUGAAAUUCAGUCCUUUGGUGAAAUAGAUGUUUGUCCAAACAGAUGAAAGGACACCGAGUCUGGUAACUCUUUACCUUCGCUAAUGAGGUGAACUAAUUUUGGGUGACGAAAGGGGAAGUCGGCCGUAAAAUGGCAUUUGGCUGGCAGAACAACACCUUUCACACUCUCUCUUCCCCUCCUCUGAGACGUCUUGACCGUGUUACUAUACUUAUCUCUCUCUCUCCCGAAGGCGUCCCGGGUGUGUGCACACCAAUACUGUAUCAGAAUACAAUCUGUGACCUUCAAACGUUUCUCGGGCCAAGUGAACACCUGACUUGAGAGGUCUUGAAAGUUCUCGGCAUGUAUGGUUAAGUGGUACCGGAGCGCCAAGUCUAGGUCCAAAAGGCUUCUCAACAGCUUCUACCCCCAAGACAUAAGACUCCUGAACAGUUAAUCAUGGCUACCCGGACUAUUUGCAUUGCCCCCCCCACCCCACCCCACCCCCUCUUUUACGCUGCUGCUACUCUGUUUAUUAUCUAUGCAUAGUCACUUUAACUCUACCCACAUGUACAUAUUACCUCAAUUACUUCGACUAACCGGUGCACCCACACAUUGACUCUGUACCGGUACCCCCUGUAUAUAGCCUCCCUACUGUUAUUGUAUUUUACUGCUGCUCUUUAAUUAUUUGCUAUUUUUAUUUUUUACUUAUCUAUUUUUUACUCAACACUUUUUUUUAUUUUCUUAAAAAUGCUUUGUUGGUUAAGGGCUUGUAAGUAAGCAUUUCACUGUAAGGACUACCUACACCUGUUGUAUUCGGCGCAUGUGGCAAAUAAAAAUUGAUUUGAUUUGAUGCGCCAAUUGACUGCUUCGCCUUGGUUUUAACCCCUGAUUGUCUGGAGGUGGCCGUGGAAGUCCCACUCCUGGACCGUGGAAGUCCCACUCCUGGACCUCUUCCCUGUCGCGUGCCUUUUAGCGUUGUGGCCUGCAUCCAACUGGAAGCAAAUUACUUUAUAAUGACAUCAGCAGGGACUCUUGAGAGUGCAAUGUUGCAUCAUGGUGCUAUACAUUUUGCCACGGCACGUCUCUAGCUGGCAAAUGCAUCGGCCCCCCUGACCCCACCCAACUUGUCACCUAAGCCCAGAGAAAUGUCUGCCGAUUCUUCUGGUUUUAAUGGGCAACGAAAGGUCCCUCUCACUAGAAAUACUGUACUCACCAAGACCUAUAAAACAAAUAGAAACAUAUAGAAUCAUUUUACUCAAACUGGUGAGAAAAAAGUAGAACCUCAGUGUCAAAGGUCAAGCAGCAACAGCAUGGGCUUUAAUACCAAAAUGUACAGUAAAAGUAGCUAUUUAUAAUCAAAGCAUUGGGUGCAUACAGUACAUACGUAUAUUGUUUGCAUCACAUACAUGUACUCCUCUUACUCCAUACCACAGCUGAUCAUGCCGUAGGAAAAUACCCUUAUUUUUAGACUUAUAAUCAAAUUAUCGUCAUGCGUCUCUCGGCAGAUGGUCAGCUCUUAUCCGGUCAAUAGUUAGUGAUCCAGUGUCCUGUUCUUCAGCACACCUGUUCCUCCUGAGUGACUUUGUCGUCUUCCCCAGUAGUGUAGUGAAGAGUGCUAUUCACACGGACAUAACAUGACAAUGGCACUUGACUAUGGCCAUGGGAAAAGGUCAAUGAGGUGUAACAGGUGUGUGUGUGUGUGUGUGUGUGUGUGUGUGUGUCCUGUCCCACAGUCAAGCUCUUCGCGGUGACCUGCGAGAAAAUCAAAGGGGAGAAGUUCUUCUACUACAAGGCACAGCAGUUCUACGAGGACGUGGAGCCGUCAGAGGAGGGGAUGAUGGGAGACUUCGUUGAGAUCUCCCACAUCGACCUGGAAGGCUCCAGGAACUUUCUGAGCAGGUUUAUUGUAAGUCUAUACUACAUUACACGUGUGUCACUGAAAUGACACUUCUGCCUUGGUUGAAAACUGUAUGGUAGCAACCUCAGAGCCUGAGUGUACCUGUCACAGAACCCAAGUUGAUAUUUAUAUCAAUAUCUGUUUAUGGCAUGAAAUGCAUAAUCUUUCUGGUAUAAAAAUACCUUCUCCCAUGAGUCCAUCCCUUCUCAUCUACAAAGGGAGCUGUGCCUCGGCCCAGAACACAUCAUGUAGCUAAUGGUCAUCUUAACCUUCUGCCAGACCGGCUCUAUAACAACACCCUCAUGCCCAGAGCCCCAGACAUUAAUCCCCAUGUACCCUGUCUGUGAAAAUGUUACACUUGGUCCACGAGACUGGAGAGGGUCAACGUGUGCGCGUGUGUGUGUGUGUGUGUGUGUGUGUGUGUGUGUGUGUGUGUGUGUGUGUGUGUGUGUGUGCUGUACUUACAUGAAUGUUAAUUCAUGGGAAUUUGUGUUACAUGGAAACUAGGCUAUUAAUAGUCAUAUCUGGUGUAGUUCUCAUUAUUGACAGUCAUAUCUGGUGUAGUUCUCAUUAUUUAUAGUGGUAUCUGGUGUAGUUCUCAUUAUUGAUAGUCAUAUCUGGUGUAGUCCUCAUUAUUGAUAGUCAUAUCUGGUGUAGUUCUCAUUAUUGAUAGUCAUAUCUGGUGUAGUUCUCAUUAUUGAUAGUCAUAUCUGGUGUAGUUUUCAUUACUGAUAGUCAUAUCUGGUGUAGUUCUCAUUAUUGAUAGUCAUAUCUGGUGUAGUUCUCAUUAUUGAUAGUCGUAUCUGGUGUAGUUCUCAUUAUUGAUAGUUAUAUCUGGUGUUGUUCUCAUUAUUGAUAGUCAUAUCUGGUGUAGUUCUCAUUAUUGAUAGUCAUAUCUGGUGUAGUUCUCAUUAUUGAUAGUUAUAUCUGGUGUAGUUCUCAUUAUUGAUAGUCAUAUCGGGUGUAGUUCUCAUUAUUGAUAGUCAUAUCUGGUGUAGUUCUCAUUACUGAUAGUCAUAUCUGGUGUAGUUCUCAUUAUUGAUAGUUAUAUCUGGUGUAGUUCUCAUUAUUGAUAGUUAUAUCGGGUGUAGUUCUCAUUAUUGAUAGUUAUAUCGGGUGUAGUUCUCAUUAUUGAUAGUUAUAUCGGGUGUAGUUCUCAUUAUUGAUAGUCAUAUCGGGUGUAGUUCUCAUUAUUGAUAAUUAUAUCGGGUGUAGUUCUCAUUAUUGAUAGUCAUAUCUGGUGUAGUUCUCAUUAUUGAUAGUCAUAUCUGGUGUAGUUCUCAUUAUUGAUAGUUAUAUCUGGUGUAGUUCUCAUUAUUGAUAGUUAUAUCUGGUGUAGUUCUCAUUAUUGAUAGUCAUAUCUGGUGUAGUUCUCAUUAUUGAUAGUCAUAUCUGGUGUAGUUCUCAUUAUUGAUAGUCAUAUCUGGUGUAGUUUUCAUUAUUGAUAGUCAUAUCUGGUGUAGUUUUCAUUAUUGAUAGUCAUAUCUGGUGUAGUUCUCAUUACUGAUAGUCAUAUCUGGUGUAGUUUUCAUUAUGAGCUUCUGGGUUUUGGGAGUUUAAGUAAAGGAAAUGGAGAAAACAUGGGAUGGACUUUAGCUCAGCCUCUGAGCUUAAUGUUAACACACUCAUACCAAUUUAACACAGCUCCUCAGAUAUCUCUGCUACUGUAUAGUAUACUGCCACCGUACAUGACAGAGGAUGGAGGAACUGUCCGUUGUGAUGAUCUGGCCUACACCUGUCUACUCUACCGUCCCUUGCCAGUAGAGUUCUGAACUCAUUCCAGACUAUAAUAUUCUGCCAACAUUGUUUACAUUUCAUUUAUUACAUUUAAUAAGUCACUAGAAAAAUAUCCUGGAAUAGCUUUACUGCUCGCCUGGAGGCUGUCACACCCGGGCUCUGGGACUCUAUAUGUUGAGCUAGGGUGUGGUCAUUCUAUGUGUCGUAUUUCUAUGUCGGGAGUUCUAGUUGUGCUGGUUCUAUGUUGGCCAGAGUGACUCCCAAUCAGAGGCAACGAGUGUCAGCUGUGGCUGGUUGUCUCUGAUUGGGAGCCAUAUUUAAACUGUCUGUUUGCCCUUUGUGUUUUGUGGGAUCUUGUUCGAGUUGGUUUGUGUUUGACCGUUGACUGUCACGUUAUCGUUUUCUUGUUUUGUUCGUGCUUUCACUUAAUAAAGAAGUAUGUUCGCAACUAACGCUGCGCAUUGGUCUACUCCAUACGACGAUCGUGACAGAAGAUCCCACCAUACCAGGACCAAGCAGCGUGUCCAGGAGCAGGCAGCCUGGACGUGGGAGCAGAUCUUGGACGGGCAGGGGUCCUGGACCUGGGAGGAAAUCCUGGCCGGGAUGGAUCGCCGGCCAUGGAGUGAGACGGUAGAGGCGCGACGGAGAGAGGAGCAACGGCGUGAUCAGUGUCGUCGUCGGACGUACGAGAGGCAACCCCAAACAUUUUUUAGGGGGGGGCACAGGGCAUGGACGACGGGGCUGACGGAGGCAGACAAGGGGCGAAUUCAGAAGGCCACCAGGUUACGGGGAUCACUGGUCAAGGAAGGGAAGGAAGGUGUAGAGGCACGGCGAGAGGUACUGGGGUGUGUUACCAGUCCGGUCCGGCCCGUUCCAGAUCCCGGUGUAGAGCCAGUGGUGUGUGUCCCCAGUACGGUCCGGCCUGUUCCUGCCCCUCGCACCAAGUGUACGGUGCGCGUCGCCAGCCCGGCCCGGCCUGUUCCUGCCCCUCGCACCAAGUGUACGGUGCGCGUCGCCAGCCCGGCCCGGCCUGUUCCUGCCCCUCGCACCAAGCCUACGGUGUGCGUCGCCAGCCCGGCCCGGCCUGUUCCUGCCCCUCGCACCAAGCCUACGGUGCGCGUCGCCAGCCCGGCCCGGCCUGUUCCUGCUACUCGCACCAAGCCUACGGUGCGCGUCGCCAGCCCGGCCCGGCCUGUUCCUGCUACUCGCACCAAGUCUACGGUGCGCGUCGCCAGCCCGGCCCGGCCUGUUCCUGCCCCUCGCACCAAGCCUACGGUGCGCGUCGCCAGCCCGGCCCGGCCUGUUCCUGCCACUCGCACCAAGUGUACAGUGCGCGUCGCCAGCCCGGCCCGGCCUGUUCCUGCUACUCGCACCAAGCCUACGGUGCGCGUCGCCAGCCCAGCCCGGCCUGUUCCUGCUCCCCGCAUCCAAGCCUACGGUGUGCGUCGCCAGCCCGGCCCGGCCUGUUCCUGCUCCCCGCACCAAGCCUACGGUGUGCGUCGCCAGCCCGGCCCGGCCUGUUCCUGCCCCUCGCACCAAGCCUACGGUGCGCGUCACCAUCCCAGCCCGGCCUGUUCCUGCUCCCCGCACCAAGCCUACGGUGUGCGUCGCCAGCCCGGCCCGGCCUGUUCCUGCCACUCGCACCAAGCCUACGGUGCGCGUCGCCAGCCCGGCCCGGCCUGUUCCUGCCACUCGCACCAAACCUACGGUGCGCGUCGCCAGCCCGGCCCGCCUGUUCCUGCCACUCGCACCAAACCUACGGUGCGCGUCGCCAGCCCGGCCCGGCAUGUUCCUGCCACUCGCACCAAGCCUACGGUGCGCGUCGCCAGCCCGGCCCGGCCUGUUCCUGCCACUCGCACCAAACCUACGGUGCGCGUCGCCAGCCCGACCCGGCCUGUUCCUGCCACUCGCACCAAACCUACGGUGCGCGUCGCCAGCCCGGCCCGGCCUGUUCCUGCCACUCGCACCAAGCCUACGGUGCGCGUCGCCAGCCCGGCCCGGCCUGUUCCUGCUACUCGCACCAAGCCAGGGGUGCGAGACGUCAGCCUGGUAAGGCCCGUUGCUGCUCCACGCACCAAGCCUACGGUGCGCGUCGCCAGCCCGGCCCGGCCUGUUCCUGCUACUCGCACCAAGCCAGGGGUGCGAGACGUCAGCCUGGUAAGGCCCGUUCCUCCUCCACGCACCAAGCCAGGGGUGCGAGUCGUCAGCCUGGUAAGGCCCAUUCCUGCUCCACGCACCAAGCCAGGGGUGCGUAUCGUCAGCCCGGUCCGGUCAGUUGCUGCUCCACGCACUAAGCCAGGGGUGCGCAUCGUCAGCCCGGUCCGGUCCGUUCCUGCUCCACGCACCAAGCCAGGGGUGCGCGUCGUCAGCCUUGUAAGGCCCAUUCCUGCUCCACGCACCAAGCCAGGGGUGCGUAUCGUCAGCCCGGUCCGGCCAGUUGCUGCUCCACGCACCAAGCCAGGGGUGCGCAUCGUCAGCCCGGUCCGGUCCGUUCCUGCUCCACGCACCAAGCCAGGGGUGCGCGUCGUCAGUCCGGCACAACCCGUGCCUGGGUCACCGGUGCCUGAUCAGGUACCGGUUGGCUGCCCCACACCGGAGCUGAAGCUAUCCGCUCCUACUAUGUCCAGUUCAGCUCCAGCCAGCGGGGCCAGAUCGGACCAGGGGCGCUAUGGGGGGAUUAUUGGAGGGUGGUGGGCAAGCCCGGAGCCAGAACCGCCGCCGAGGAGGAAUGCCCACCCAGCCCUCCCCUGUUUGGUUCUAGUUGAGGCGCGGUCGCAGUCCGCGCCUUUAGGGGGGGGUACUGUCACACCCGGGCUCUGGGACUCUAUAUGUUGAGCCAGGGUGUGGUCAUUCUAUGUGUCGUAUUUCUAUGUCGGGAGUUCUAGUUGUGCUGGUUCUAUGUUGGCCAGAGUGACUCCCAAUCAGAGGCAACGAGUGUCAGCUGUGGCUGGUUGUCUCUGAUUGGGAGACAUAUUUAAACUGUCUGUUUGCCCUUUGUGUUUUGUGGGAUCUUGUUCGAGUUGGUUUGUGUUUGACCGUUGACUGUCACGUUAUCGUUUUCUUGUUUUGUUCGUGCUUUCACUUAAUAAAGAAGUAUGUUCGCAACUAACGCUGCGCAUUGGUCUACUCCAUACGACGAUCGUGACAGAGGCAAAGCAGGGUGACUUUCACAAUGAUGCUUAUAGGUAACAGACACAUGUUAGCAGUGGUGUAAAGUACUUAAGUAAAAAAACUUGAAAGUACUACUUAAGUAGUGUUUUGGUGUAUCUGUACUUUACUUUACUAUUUAUAUUUUUGACAACUUUUACUUUCUCUUCACUACAUUCCUAAAGAAAAUUAUGUACGUUUUACUCGAUACAUUUUUCCUGACACCCAAAAGUACUCGUUACAUUUUGAAUGCUUAGCAGGACAGGAAAAUGGUCCAAUUCACACACUAAUCAAGAGAACAUCCCUGGUCACCCCUACUGCCUCUGAUCUGGCAGACUCACUAAACAUAAAAGUUUAGUUUGUUAAUGAUGUCUGAGUUUUGGAGUAUGCCACUGGCUAUCCGUAAAGAAAUAAAAAAAAACAAGAACAUUGUUUGAUUAAUAUAAGGAAUUUAAAAUAAUUUUAACUUUUGAUACUUAAGUAUAUUUUAGCAAUUACAUUUACUUUUGAUACUUAAGUAUAUUUAAAACCAAAUACUUUUACUCAAGUAGUAUUUUACUGGGUGACGUUCACUUUUACUUGAGUCAUUUUCUAUUAAACCUUUUAAUGCAGUGGGCUAAAUCAGGGUCACAGAUUUGUGAGUGUUUCUUGGUAGUCUUAAACAAAUCUACUUUGAAACAAAAGUAUACACCUCACACACAUGGUUAUGGGCUUAAAAAAAAGAAGACCCCUGUACCAUGUCAGAUAUAGAGUUAAAUUGUAUUACAUUUUGAGUUUGCAUCCCAAUAUUACACUUUAUAUACAUCACAGAAGACUGAAAGAUAAAACCGUUUGACAUAGAAACACCAGACUUUCUGCGGCUUCUUUAAAAUAAUGUUUAUUAAUUAUGAAAUUAUGAAAAUUAUUAAUAACUUUCUUCCUAUGAGGCCACUAGGUCAUUUGACUGCAGGAAAGGGCUACAGUAUCUUUACUUUUACUAUGACAAUUAGGUACUUUUCCCACCACUGCAUGUUAGAGCAAACGUAAUAUACAGAUGUAGGAUCUUAAUUUGAGCUAGUUUGCUACAACAGGAAAAUAAUCCUGCAGCAACAGAAAAUGUGAAUUAUUAUGUGGAUUAUAAUUAAUGGAAAUUUUUUGUAGGGGUUGAUACAUUUUUCGUUAGGGCAAAUCAAGUCUGACAUUUUAAAGGGGAAAUUACAAACUUUAUAAACAUUUUUAAACCUCGAAUACACUACAAGUUUGCAUUUCCUGCUGACAAACGAGUGAUCAAAUUAAGAUCCUACAUCUGCACACCCAAAGGCUGUUUCCAUUCAUACUAGGGAUGUCAGAUGUCCUUGCACAAAUCCCACUCUUUUUAUUGUCCAAAUGGCAAAGGCCCUGUGGAUGUCGGAUAUAGCUUUACUUGCACAACAUAGUCUCAAUUUAGGCAACACACACACAGUCUUAGAUUAGGGUCACCUGAAACGUUAUACAGCUGGCUACAUUUCAUAGUACCUAUGAGUCGUCGUUCCAUGUACUGCUCACCUGCUCUCUUGUACAAGGACAUCCUUAGCUUAGACGGAGGAAGAGAACACUAUGUUUCAAUCAUACUCCAUGGUCUCCUAGAACUCUACUGUGCAGAGUCUAGAUUCUAAUCCUGACAACUCCAUUAAAACCAAACACAGUGGGGAAAUGUAGAGUGCAGCCAGGUUAAACUGAAGAACAAGCUACGUGAGCAAUAUGGCAGUAAUUCACCAAACCAGGAAGCAUCCUCCAACAACCAUAGAGUUCCUCCGGACCCCAUCUUUCACCGAAUCACCGACUGGGGCCCCCGUUGUUCCUUAGGGAAGAGACGGAGAGGAGUGAGGUCAGAAUACGAAAUGAAAAGAAGUUAAAACGAGCAUGAAUCAACCAAGGUAAUUUUUUUGUUCUCUAUGUAAGGUCAAAGUUCAUAGUGUCAUUACCCUGAGGUAUGGUGCUUGUUUCUGCUCUCUGGGCUUUUGGGUUACAGAGGCCAGACAUCUGGUAUAGAAAAAAAACAAUAUCUAUUACUGUGAUCAUAGCAAAGGACGCCAGGAAACCUGAGGUUUGCACAUACUUUUCCUGUGUGGAAGGUUUUGUUUUAAAAUGUCUGUUACAUUACUGUAGUGUGUUUAUUUACCAAUGUGUACAGUCGUGGUCAAAAGUUUUGAGAAUGACACAAGUAUUGGUCUUCACAAAAGUUCGCUGCUUCAGUGUUAUGAGAUAUUUUUGUCAGAUGUUACUACUGAAAUAUAAUUACAAGCAUUCCAUAAGUGUCAAAGGCUUUUAUUGACAAUUACAUUAAGUUUAUGCAAAGAGUCAAUAUUUGCAGUGUUGACCCUUCUUUUUCAAGACCUCUGCAAUCCGCCCUGGCAUGCUGUCAAUUAACUUCUGGGCCACAUCCUGACUGAUGGCAGCCCAUUCUUGCAUAAUCAAUGCUUGGAGUUUGAAAGAAUUUGUGGGUUUUUGUUUGUCCACCCGCCUCUUGAGGAUCGACCACAAGUUCUCAAUGGAUUAAGGUCUGGGGAGUUUCCUGGCCAUGGACCCAAAAUGUCGAUGUUUUCUUCCCCGAGCCACUUAGUUAUCACUUUUGCCUUAUGGCAAGGUGCUCCAUCAUGCUGGAAAAGGCAUUGGUCGUCACCAAACUGUUCUUGGAUGGUUGGGAGAAGUUGCUCUCAGAGGAUGUGUUGGUUCCAUUCUUUAUUCAUGGCUGUGUUCUUAGGCAAAAUUGUGAGUGAGCCCACUCCCUUGGCUGAGAAGCAACCCCACACAUGAAUGGUAUCAGGAUGCUUUACUGUUGGCAUGAUACAGGACUGAUGGUAGCGCUCACCUUGUCUUCUCCGAACAAGGUGUUUUCCGGAUGCCCCAAACAAUCGGAAAGGGGAUUCAUCAGAGAAAAUGACUUUACCCCAGUCCUCAGCAGUCCAAUCCCUGUAUCUUUUGCAGAAUAUCAGUCUGUCCCUGAUGUUUUUCCUGGAGAGAAGUGGCUUCUUUGCUGCCCUUCUUGACACCAGGCCAUCCUCCAAAAGUCUUUGCCUCACUGUGCGUGCAGAUGCACUCACACCUGCCUGCUACCAUUCUUGAGCAAGCUCUGCACUGGUGGUGCUCCGAUCCCGCAGCUGAAUCAACUUUAGGAGAUGGUCCUGGGGCUUGCUGGUCUUUCUUGGGUGCCCUGAAGCCUUCUUCACAACAAUUGAACCUCUUUCCUUGAAGUUCUUGAUGAUCCGAUAAAUUGUUUAUUUAUGUGCAAUCUUACUAGCAGCAAUAUCCUUGCCUGUGAAGCCCUUUUUGUGCAAAGCAAUGAUGACGGCACGUGUUUCCUUGCAGGUAACCAUGGUAACAGAGGAAGAACAAUGAUUUCAAGCACCACCCUCCUUUUAAAGCUUCCAGUCUGUUAUUCUAACUCAAUCAGCAUGACAGAGUGAUCUCCAGCCUUGUCCUCAUCAACACUCUCACCUGUGUUAACGAGAGAAUCACUGACAUGAUGGCAGCUGGUCCUUUUGUGGCAGGGCUGAAAUGCAGUGGAAAUGUUUUUUGGGGAUUAAGUUCAUUUUCUUUGCAAUUAAUUGCAAUUCAUCUGAUCACUCUUCAUGACAUUCUGGAGUAUAUGCAAAUUGCCAUCAUCAAAACUGUGGCAGCAGAUUCUCAAAACCUUUGACCACGACUGUACAUGUUUGUGUAUCAUUCCAUUCUUCAAACAGGGUCCUGGUAAGGCUGGCACUAAGUGUGCCCUGGACUGUGGCUGUGGGAUUGGGCGGGUAUCUAAAGGUGUCCUCCUGCCGAUCUUUGAGACCAUGGAGAUGUGUGACAUGGUUGAGGCCUUCCUGCUCCAUGCCCAUGAGGAGUACCUAGGAGACGACGCUGACCGCAUAGAGACAUACUACUGCUACAACCUGCAGGAGCUAACACCACCCUCAAGGAAAUAUGACGUCAUCUGGAUGCAGUGGUGUGCAUGUAAGUCUCACUCUCCGAUCUGUGUGUGUGUGUGUGUGUGUCUGUGUGUCUGUUUGUGUGUGUGUCUGGGUGUCUGUGUGUGUCUGUGUGUCUGUGUGUGUUUGCGUGUGUGUGUGCGUGUGUCUGUGUCUGUGUGUGUGUGCGUGUGUGCGUGUGUCUGUGUGUCUGUGUGUGUGUCUGUGUGUGUGUGUGUGUGCGUGUGUCUGUGUGUGUGUGUCUGUGUGUCUGUGUGUCUGUGUGCGUGUGUCUGUGUGUCUGUGUCUGUGUGUGUGUGUGUGUGUGUCUGUGUGUGUGUGUGUGUCUGUGUGUCUGUGUGUGCGUGUGCGUGUGUCUGUGUGUCUGUGUGUGUGUGUGUGUCUGUGUGUGUGUGUGUCUGUAUGUCUGUGUGUGCGUGUGCGUGUGUCUGUGUGUCUGUGUGUGUAUGCGUGUGCGUGUGUGUGUGUCUGUGUGUGUGUGUGUGUGUCUGUGUGUGUGUGUGUGUCUGUGUGUCUGUGUGUGUGUGUGCGUGUGCGUGUGCGUGUGUGUGUGUGUGCGUGUGUGUGCGUGUGUGUGUCUGUGUGUCUGUGUGUGUGUGUGUGCGUGUGCGUGUGCGUGUGUGUGUGUGUGUGUGCAUGUGUGUCAUGUUUGUGAUGUGUUCAUGUUUUGACCUCUCAUCUACAGUACAUAUGUGUCUUUUCCAUAUGAGGUUAUUUACGUUCAGUAAGUGUGAGCACUGCCGUAUUUAGAACGUGACAUUACAGCAACAUACGGUGCAUAACACAAGAUAUCAGAGCUCCCUGUCAGUGGUGACAGCAGCACUUUCAAUAGUCUGUAUGAAGAACUCUGCCCAGUCUUAUUUUAGGAGGGACCAGCAUUGAUUUUUCAGUGAAGGGAUAUUUCAGGUUGUGUUUAUAUUGCCAUGUUAGAGGACCUCCUCAUGUCACGCUCCUGACUCAUUGAGUGAGCCAUCAUGCUUAGGGUGAGCCCUGUCACGUUCUGUGUAGGGCAGGCUAUAUAAGAUAACUCAAGGUGGAGGAUGAAUCUAGGUUCUAGAUCUUAGAGAAAAAAGUAUGGGUGGAUUAAAUCUACAGUUGAAGUCGGAAGUUUACAUACACUUAGGUUGGAGUCAUUAAAACGUGUUAUAGUUAAAACAAAAUAUAGUUUUGGCAAGUCGGUUAGGACAUCUACUUUGUGCAUGACACAAGUAAUUUUUCCAACAAUUGUUUACAGAUUAUUUCACUUUAGAAGCUUCUGAUAGGCUAAUUGACAUCAUUUGAGUCAAUUGGAGGUGUACCUGUGGAUGUAUUUCAAGGCCUACCUUCAAACUCAGUGCCUCUUUGCUUGACAUCAUGGGAAAAUCUAAAGAAAUCAGACAAGACCUCUGAAAAAAAAUGUGUAGACCUCCACAAGUCUGGUUCAUCCUUGGGAGCAAUUUCCAAAUGCAUGAAGGUACCACGUUCAUCUGUACAAACAAUAGUACGCAAGUAUAAACACCAUGGGACCACGCAGUCGUCAUACCGCUCAGGAAGGAGACGCAUUCUGUCUCCUAGAGAUGAACGUACUUUGGUGCGAAAAGUGCAAAUCAAUCCCAGAACAACAGCAAGGACCUAGUGAAGAUGCUGGAGGAAACAGGUACAAAAGUAUCUAUAUCCACAGUAAAACGAGUCCUAUAUCGACAUAACCUGAAAGGCCGCUCAGCAAGGAAGAAGCCACUGCUCCAAAACCGCCAUAAAAAAGCCAGACUACAGUUUGCAACUGCACAUGGGGACAAAGAUCGUAAUUUUUUGAGAAAUGUCCUCUGGUCUGAUGAAACAAAAAUAGGACUGUUUGGCCAUAAUGACCAUCGUUAUGUUUGGAGGAAAAAGGGGGUAGCUUGCAAGCCGAAGAACACCAUCCCAACCGUGAAGCACGGGGGUGGCAGCAUCAUGCUGUGGGGGUGCUUUGCUGCAGGAGGGACUGGUGCACUUCACAAAAUAGAUGGCAUCAUGAGGAAGGAAAAUUAUGUGGAUAUAUUGAAGCAACAUCUCAAGACAUCAGGCAGGAAGUUAAAGCUUGGUCGCAAAUGGGUCUUCCAAAUGGAAAAUGACCCCAAGCAUACUUCCAAAGUUGUGGCAAAAUGGCUUAAGGACAACAAAGUCAAGGUAUUGGAGUGGCCAUCACAAAGCCCUGACCUCAAUCCUAUAGAAAAUGUGUGGGCAGAACUGAAAAAGCGUGUGCGAGCAAGGAGGCCUACAAACCUGACUCAGUCACACCAGCUCUGUCAGGAGGAAUGGGCCAAAAUUCACCCAAAUUAUUGUGGGAAGCUUGUGGAAGGCUACCCGAAACGUUUGACCCAAGUUAAACAAUUUGAAGGCAAUGCUACCAAAUACUAAUUGAGUGUAUGUAAACUUCUGACCCACUGGGAAUGUGAUGAAAGAAAUAAAACCUGAAAUAGAUCAUUCUCUCUACUAUUAUUCUGACAUUUCACAUUCUUAAAAUAAAGUGGUGAUCCUAACUGACCUAAGACAGGGAAUUUUUACUAGGAUUAAAUGUCAGGAAUUGUGAAAAACUGAGUUUAAAUGUAUUUGGCUAAGGUGUAUGUAAACUUCCGACUUCAACUGUACAUACUUAAAAUAAGUUUGACAGACAGACACAGGCAGACAGGCAGGCAGACCGACUCUCCCUUACUCUGAUUGGUGGGUCCUUUGUUGCGCUGUCCCAUCUCCAGGUCACCUGACGGACAGGGACCUGAUGCAGUUCCUGAUGCGCUGUAAGAACAGUCUGCGGCCCAACGGGGUUAUCAUCAUUAAGGACAACAUGGCCCGGAAGGGCUGCAAGCUGGACCCCAUCGACAGCAGCAUCAUCCGCCACCUGGACAUCAUGAAGGACAUCAUCUUUAAGGCUGGCCUGAAGGUCCUGGCUGUGGAGAAACAGGAAGGAUUCCCCGAUGCCAUCGUCCCUGUGUGGAUGAUCGCUAUGCAGUAGCGGACUGACUGACAGACAGUAUACAGUGCUAUAGUUAUUAGACAUUCUGACACACUAUUACAAGAUUGUAUUGUCUCACACCCACUGACAGACAAACUGACACCCUGACAAGCGCACACUACUACUCCAAUGAAGACAGAAUGGUGUGUAUACAGUGGGCUCCAAAAUGACUGGCACCCCUGACUGGGAAUGCACAAACAAUACUUAAAAAAAUAUCAACAAUAUAAUUAUAGAGAUAAACUCAAAAUACCAACAUGUGAGAAAUACUGUACUUUAUUAAUGUUUCAAUGGAACCAAC